AUGUCCGGAAGCACCCUACAAGACCCCACAAACUCCACCCGAUCAACCCCCAACAUCGACGUCCACGACGCCGUCCUCCAAAUCGGCAGCUCGGCGCUCGUCGCCGCCCCAUCCACGCGUGUCUGGGCCGCCCUCCUCGACACAUCCACCUGGCCGGAAUGGAACACGUUCGUCCCACGCGUGACGAUCCGAUCUCAAACCGGGACUACACAGGCCGACACAACCGAGCCCGACUCUGCUCCUGGCACUGAGACCCCAGCUGCGUCUACAGCUCCAACUCCGUCUCUCUCCCCGCGUCUCUGCAAAGGCACGCGCAUGACAUUCCACGUCCGCAUGGACCCGACGUCCACCAAGCCCCAGGCCGCGCGCGACACCCACCUCGUGGUAACGGAGUGCGUGGCGCCAGAUCCUGCCACGAGAUCGCCCGGGCGAAUUGUCUGGGUCUCAGAUACUGAUGCACCGGGUGGAUUUGCGCCGUCCUUGUUGACGGCCGAGCGGGUGCAUGAGGUUGUGGAUGUGGGAGGGGGUGAGGCGGCGGAGGUGCGGAAUUGGGAGUUGCAGAGGGGGUAUUUGGUGUAUGUGGUGAAGUGGGUGUUUGGGGCGAGGUUGAGGAGGAAUUUCGAGCUUUGGGUGAGUGAUUUGAGGGCCUUUGUUGAGAAGGGAAGCGGGAGUGGGAGUGGAAAUGGUGAUGGUAAUGGGGAGAGGGGGCGGAGCCCUCGGGAGUGA